GCGGGAUUCUGUUAACUGCCGCGGGAGGUCCGGACAGUGGCGGCCAUGGGACUCGAGGGUGACAGAAGACACAUUUCUUAACUGGCUUGCUCUGAGAACUGAUGCUUGAACCACCUCAGCAUGGCCAGUAGAAGAGGAGGUGGGCAAGGCCAGCCUCCUUCAGUGUCGCCUUCCCCGGGUAGCUCUGGAAACCUUUCCGACGAUAGGACCUGCACCCAUAAUAUAUGCAUGGUGUCAGACUUUUUCUACCCAAACAUGGGAGGCGUGGAAAGCCACAUUUACCAGCUCUCUCAGUGCCUCAUUGAGAGGGGGCACAAGGUCAUAACUGUCACCCAUGCUUAUGGAAAUCGAAAGGGCAUCCGUUACCUCACCAAUGGCCUCAAAGUUUACUAUUUGCCUCUGAGAGUCAUGUACAACCAAUCUACAGCCACGACUCUCUUUCACAGUCUGCCAUUGCUCAGGUACAUAUUUGUUCGGGAGAGAAUUACGAUAAUCCAUUCCCACAGUUCUUUCUCUGCCAUGGCCCAUGAUGCUCUCUUCCACGCCAAGACAAUGGGGCUUCAGACAGUCUUCACAGACCAUUCCCUUUUCGGAUUUGCUGAUGUCAGCUCGGUGCUUACAAACAAGCUUCUAACUGUGUCUCUUUGUGACACAAACCACAUCAUUUGUGUCUCUUACACUAGUAAGGAGAACACUGUACUCAGAGCAGCACUGAAUCCUGAAAUAGUGUCCGUCAUUCCUAACGCUGUAGAUCCUACUGACUUCACUCCAGACCCAUUUAGGAGGCAUGAUAGUGUAAUAACUGUUGUUGUUGUCAGCAGACUUGUUUACAGAAAAGGGACUGAUUUGCUUAGUGGUAUAAUACCUGAACUCUGUCAGAAAUACCAAGAAUUACAUUUCCUAAUUGGAGGAGAGGGACCAAAGAGAUCGGGGACAUUGCCAGCUCCAGAAAAUAUCCACAAUGUAGUGAAGACUUUCUACACCUGGCGGAACGUGGCAGAGAGAACUGAAAAGGUGUAUGAGCGAGUGUCGAAGGAAACUGUUUUGCCAAUGCACAAGAGAUUGGACAGGCUCAUCUCACACUGUGGCCCUGUGACCGGCUACAUGUUUGCUUUGCUGGCCGUGCUCAGCUAUCUCUUCCUCGUUUUCCUGCAGUGGAUGACUCCAGACUCUAUCAUUGAUGUUGCAAUAGAUGCUACUGGGCCAAGGAGAGCCUGGACUCAUCAAUGGCCUCGUGAUAAGAAAAGAGAUGAGAAUGAUAAGAUAUCCCAAAGCAGGUAGAAGCAAGCCCAAGUUAACAAGUCCUAUUAGAUACUUGCAAUAGUCCUGUUAGCAUUUGAAAGGAAUUUUGCUCGUUUGUUGUUGGGCUUUAGAGUUGGAUUUGUAAAUUAUGCUACCUCUGUAUGGUUCACUUUUGUUGUUGAAAGAAGAUAAACACUUAUGCAAUUCCUGAGUGUGGGAACUCCUUGCACUUCUUUAAAAUUUAGGGGAUAAUGGUUUUAGCCACUCAGGUAGGACAUUUUCCAGAUUACUGAGAUCCCCUAAGCAGAGAUGUUUUAACAUUAUAUUUUGGGAGCCUUGGGUGCUGAAAGGCCAAAUGUUUCUGGAUUGUUUUUGGCCAAUUUUUCACAUUAUACCAUUAAUCCACAUUCACCAGAUGUUUACACGCUUUCUUUAGGGAGGUACAACAGUUAUGUGAACUGUUUUAAGGCAAGGUCAUGUAUCUUUCUCUGGACAUCAUUGAAGUCAUGUUCCUAGACACUUACUGGGUCCACUCAAGGGAUCCAUGCCAUCGGAUUUCUUGAGCAAGACCAUCUAUUGGUUGCCAGCAUGUUUGAACACCUGCUGUGUAUGAAAAGUUGACCUAGAUGGUUCCUGAGACNAAGGACUAGUUAANGAGGAGUGGUAAAACUGUCUACAUGGCGAAAUGCUCAAGCUACUGAAUGACAGGAAAUCAUCACUGGCAUACACCAAGUACCUUUCUGAUCCUGUUUUAUGUAUAUGCAUUCUCUUAGGAAGAGCCCUUAUCUUCCUCUCUCUCUCUGUGUGUGUGUGUGUGUGCGUGUGUGUUGUUGCUUUUUACGUUCUAUGGAUUGACCGACCGAUACAACUGUUGAUGCUCGUGCUGGCCAACCCUCUGCUUUUAUAGUGCACAGUUCAGUCCUCCAUAAAUGCCUUUAUGGUUUCUAAGCAGAACAGAACAGGUGUGCCAUCUCAAAACCAGCUGCUCUUCCUGUCCUCUGUGGAAGCCCCUUCCUGUCACUCUGGUCUAGCCGAUCUCUGAUAAGUAUUGCCAGUGUGUGGAAAGGCUUUUCUCCAGAAUGGUUUAUUUAUAUCGUAUUAAUUCUGAAACUCNGCAGAGCUCGCAGGCUUUUUGUGGGUGGAAUUUCUCAAUUGUAAUUAAGGUUUUCCAGAGCCAUGGGUUUUUAAAUCCCAAACUGUAUGUGAUAGGUAUUAUUAAUCCUUUGAACUCUUUCGCACGGGUUUGUGUGUGGAACAGACUAAAAUGAGAGCAGCGAGCCACUUGUGGGUGUUCCAUUCUGUCAGUAUUGUGAUUCUGUACAGGAGUUUUUUUAGUGACAUUUGCAAAACUUUUAAAAGAGUAUCUUAACAUGCCUAUUACUUGGUUGCCACAGAUAUAAAAGAGAUAUAUUUGUGUUUGGUUUCUAUGGAAACAUAAAUAGAGUAGAGAGUAAUUUUUAAAAUAUAGAAGUUAGGGCUUCUUUUAUUGGAGAAAAUGAUCUUGUCCAAACCAUUCAGUCUUAUUUAAAUCUUUAUGCGCUGAGACAGGCGUACAGGUUAACAGUGCCAAUAUCCAUGGUAGACUGAGGCAUGUGUAACACUUGGCUGUAUUUAUUCUACACUAUUAUUUCUUCUAUGUUUGCUUCUAGCUUUUAUUAAAAUAUCAUUAAAUGCUUCAGUUGUUCUUUAUUUAAGAUGAACGUAGAAUUGAAAAUUAAUUUGCUCUUGUGGGCAAAUAUGUAAUUUAUGAAUUAAAAUUGUUUUCCUUUUUUGAACAAGUAAAAAUAAAAUUUGUCUGACAGAAACCAUUUUCAGGCUUCCUGGAUACCUUAGUUGUCAGUGUUGUACUGGUCAGGANGUGGGAACACUCUUCCACUGUGCUACUCAUAAUUAUCUGAAAUGAAAUUAGUGUGGAUGAGGAAUCGUUGGAAAGAUACUGUGUUGCUUUUGAUGUCAUACACAUGAAACCAGUGUGCUAAAACAUGCUCAUGUCCAGUAAUAAAGAUGAGAACGCUGUUUUAAUAGUCUUACUUUUGUCUCAGUUUGUCUUAUUUUGUGGACAGGAUGUU